AUGGAAAAGGAUGCAGCUGCCACACACAGAAGGCACCGGCCUGGACCUGGGGCCCUGCCUGUGGGAGCCCCCGGGCACCUCAAGACAGCCAGCGAGGGGGCCGAGCUGCAGAGAAGUAGAAGUGUGGGUGGCCUGCACCAGAGGGGGGACCCCCUGAGCCGCAUCCGGAGGCUGCGCAGGGAGCCAGAGUCGGAGGACCUGGGGAAAGACCUGAGGGGUGAUGUGAAUGAUGCCAGCUGGCAGGGGAACCCUGAGGAAGACAAGGAGGGGAAGGACAAGGCUGCUCCUGGGAAGGUGGACCCUGAGGAUGGGAACAUGAGACCAGAGGCUGAGAAGAGUGACUCUGAGGCCAGCAAUGCAGGGGCACAGGAAGGCGAGUGCGCGGACAGUCACCACCAGGAGGCCAAGGAGCAGGAGCCAGAGUUCGUAAAGCUAAAUGGCCUUCUGGAAGAGGAGAAACCAUCUGUGUUUGUGGAGAUUGAUCUGCGAGACCAUGCUGAGGAGGUGGCCACGUGUACCAGGAAGGAAGAAAAGCAGUCCCCGAUGGACAUAGGAGAUUUGUCAGAAGAUGAGACACGGACCAGCUGGGUGUGCUGCAUUCCAUACACGACCAAAAGGAAAGCGAAGGAGAGCACAUAGCCAUCUGGAGCAGGUAUCGUUGCUCUGAGAAGCAGGAGCAGUGGCGACAGUGGGUGUGGUGGGGAUAGGAGCCAUGUGCCCCAGAGCCUCUUCCUGGACAGGCGCUGAGGACUCCAUUUCUUUCUCUGGGAUGGCCAGGCCUGGGCAGAGCGAGGUGCAGAACAUGCCUUCCUUCCCGCCAAAGACCCUCCAUCUGCCCUGAGACAGCCUAGGUGCCACGACUAUCUCCUGUGAGCCCCAAUUGAAGCCUCUGCCCACUGGGGCAUGAAGACAUCUCUUUGGAAGACAAAAUAAAUGCAUUAGGGAAAGUGUUCCCCGGCCAGCUCAGGGGCUCCAGCCUCCCUCCCUCUGGCUCCAUGGCAUAUGAAGUGGGCACAGAGUCGCCUUAGCCACUGUGGUGGCUCAGCCUUCAUCAGGCACAAUGGUGGUAACAGUGCAGCCCCCAGCACACCCAGGGACACCAGAGAUGGUUGGCAGGCACAUGCAGGGGGACGAGAGUAUCUGUGGGUCACCGAGGCUCCUCUGGGAACCAGGAGCACAGUGAGCAUGGUAGCAGGAUAAGGCACAGGUAGGGGCUGUGGCAAGGGCAGAAAUUGUAGCACUGGUGUCUCAGUCUGCCCUUGGGGGAACCACGUGCCCCACUCCAAAGGAGGACAUGCCUUCAGGGGCCCAAAUCACCAUGUACCAGUUUUGGUCUUCUGGUUACAACCAGAGGCAGGACCGUGAGGGGCCACCCCCAGCAUAGGGCAGUCAGCUGGACCCAGACAGCGGUGGCUCUGGCUGGGCCUGGGUAGGCUGCCCAUCCCCUAGGCUGGCUUUGGGUGAUUCAAGGCGACAACCACAGGAGUGGCCCUAUUAUAGCCAGGAGACUCCACCUGAGAGAAAUGCCAAGGCGUGCUGAAGCCCAGGCAGUGGCACAUUGCUACCUAAGGAUCCGGAGCAUCAUCAAGUGUCACUAGAGCUGGGUGCACAGGGACCCCAAGUGCGAGCCAGGAUGGCCACUUGGAGGAAGAGGAGGUCCGGGAGCAGGGCGAAGGCACAGGAAGAGGGUGUGGACGUGGCUCUGCAGCUCCUGGACCACCCACCACAGGCCAAAGGGCUGAAGAUUGGCAGAGUGUGCCCAGAACCCACCCAGAGCUCUAUCAUGUGCACACGCAAGCACACUCAUGGGUACUUAGGCACCCAUGGGCAGGGAACCCACGGCAUCUGUGGUGAAGGUGUAGUUGAGGUCCCCAGGGGUCAAACAUGGAUGUCAUGUCCAUCACUUCAGCUAUUUCUUCAGGGACAUAGAGGUCUGUCUUUGUAGUGCCAACGAGAGCACAAAUGCUUAGCCCUUCUGUCACCCAGCCAGAGAGGGUGAGCUCUUUGCAGGGGGCUGCACCCCACAGAGGUUGACCCCCAGGGCAGGGAGAUGCCAUCUGGGGAGACAGAGAACAUUGGGGGGGGGAGUCCUUACUUCCCAGUCAAUUGCAAAUGACCCCAGGAACUGCUCUCCUGAGCAUGCGAGGGGGCAUUGAGGGCCACACUAUAAAGUGCAGCCUUGAAUGCAGCAGCACCCCAGGGCUCAAAGAUGUGUCCAACUGCAUGGACCAGACUGCGACCAAAGAUCUUCCACAGUCAUUGGCCACUAGGCAAGUUAGUUUGAGCUUCGUCACUGCCCUCUAGCUGUGUCUCCAACUAGAAAGAGAUACCCUGAGAAGCUUCCAGGAAAACAGCUGGUGUGUGUGUCCUCCUGGCUAGGUGGGAGGAGGUGGCUCCCACACUUGUAGCGCUGGGAGUGCCAAUGUUUGUUCACCCACCUGGCCAGGCCUCUAGGACACAGAGGCCCUGCCCCUUUGUCCACAUGGGUAGCUUGGUGAACUGUAGCAGGUGUAGAAUGUGAACCUCCCAAAAUCAAUACACAUUUGACUUUUAGUUGGGCUCUGGACCAGUUUCCUCAAAGAUCAGUAUAAUUGCGUCCCUUCUGUCUACCGAGGGGCAAGUCAUAGUGUCCAAGGGAGGAGCCCUCAAUGGUGAUCCUCCCUGCUGCUCCCACCCCUGAGCUCCUGGGCCUGGGUCCUGCUGUCAUGGCCUACAGGCUGCAGGGGUGACCAGAGGUACACAGAUGACCCAGGGUCCUGUAGACAAAGUUCCACAUGCCAUUGGUCCAAGCCUCAGUUCUGGGCACCCCAAUGGCUGAGUCCAGCUCAGUGG